CUGUAGGUCUGCAACUGUCGUGUGGAUCAUUCGCGCAUUUCUAUUUUAGGAGAUACACGCGAAUAAUCCUUUAUAAAAACCAAACUGGAAUAAUCCGAAAAAAAAUGUUAAAUUUUGUCGUCACCGGGGCGAGGAGGGUUUUGUGGCUCCGAUAAAUAAUCGGCACCCCCCGAUGUCAACAAGAGGUCGGCACUAAAAUGGAUGGCAUGGAUUUGAAAGCAGCCACGUCGACGAUGGACGCUUUGGUUCGCAUCAGCUCCAACAUGAAGAGCCUGGAACAGGAGUUGCACUGCCCCGUCUGCAAGGACAUCGUCAAGCAGCCCGUGGUCCUGCCUUGCCUUCACAGCGUGUGCCUCCUGUGUGCCUGCGAGGUGCUGGUGGCCAGCGGCUACCCGCCGCCGGAGCUUCCCGCCGAGCCCAACUCACCCGCCUCCACGCCCAACACGCGCUCCCCGCGGCAGCUCCGCAGGCCCACGCCAAAAGCCGAGCAGCGGCCCAUCGACCGGGUACUGCGGGCAGGUCCCCACUCGCCGUCACCAUCCAUGCCCCGCUCUCCGGGAUACCUGGGGCGCCGCCGCAAAGAGGGCCUGCCGCCCCUGAUUAUGAUGUUCCCCUGCGUCCCCUGUGGACGGGACGUGGAGCUCGGGGAGAAAGGCCUCACUGACUGCCUGCGUAACCUCACCUUGGAGCGCAUAGUAGAGAGGUACCGACACACGGUGAGCCUGGGCAUCGUGGCCGUCAUGUGUCAGUUCUGCAAGCCCCCGCACGCCCUGGAGGCCACCAAGGGCUGCGCCGACUGCCGGGCCAACUUCUGUAACGAGUGCUUCAAACUCUACCACCCGUGGGGGACGCCGCGGGCGCAGCACGAGCACAUCCUGCCCACGCUCAACUUUAGACCAAAGGUGCUGACGUGCACGGAGCACGACCAGGAGAAGCUACAGUUCUACUGUCGGACUUGUCAGCGGCUGCUCUGUCCGCUCUGCAAGCUGCGACGUGUGCACACGGGACACAAGAUCCUACCUGUGGCCCAGGCAUACCAAGCUCUAAAGGAGAAGAUUACAAAAGAGAUGAACUACAUUCUGUCCAACCAGGACACGGUUCUGUCUCAGAUUACCCAGCUGGAGAGCGCCAUCACUCAGACGGAGGUGAACAGCGUGUCCGCCAGAGAGCAGCUGGCUCAGAGCAUCAGGGACCUGACGGCGGCUCUGGCCGAGCGCCACGCCUCGCUCACCCAGGCCCUGGAGGCGGCGCGCCAGAAGCGAGGCGAGGCGCUGGGCUCUCAAGUGGCCGAGCGCCGCAGCUUGCUGGAGCACGCCGGGCUGGUGGCCUUCACGCAAGAGCUGCUGAAGGAAACAGACCAGCCCUGUUUUGUGCAGGCUGCACGCCAGACGCAUAACAGGUUCAGCCAGGCUAUAGAAAACCUGCAGCACUUUGUUCUGGCCGCAGAUCCGUCUUUCAGGCACUUCCAGCUGGACGUCUCCAAAGAGCUCAAAUUGCUCACAGAACUGAAUUUUACACGAGCUCCUCAGGCCCCAGUCCUUGACACCCAGCAUUCCUUGGCCUACGACCAGCUCUACCUGAGUUGGCGCCUCCCGCCUUCCUCCGCACCCGCCUGGCACUUCUCUGUGGAGUAUCGCCGCCGGGGGGUGGUACCCGGCAGCGCGUCCAGGGGUGGCAACAGAGGGGGGCUGGUGGCCGCCGCUCGCUGGGGCUGGCAGCGGCUGGACGAGGUGAGCGGCACGAGCGCCGUCAUCGACCGGCUGGAGAUGGACAGCGUGUACGUGCUGCGGGUGAGGGGCUGCAACAAGGCGGGCUACGGCGAGUACAGUGAGGAGGUGUACCUGCACACCCCUCCAGCACCAGUGCUCAACUUCUACCUAGACUCCCGCUGGGGUCUCCACGCCGACCGCCUGGUGGUAAGCAAGGAGCAACGAGCGGCCCGCAGCGUCCCCGGUCUCUCCCUGUUGCAGGCGGCCGACCACGCGCUCACUACCUGUCACAUGACCGCCGACCUCUUGGUGGGAGACGUGGCCAUCACGCAGGGUAGACACUACUGGGCGUGCUCAGUGGAGCCCGGGUCCUACCUAGUGAAGGUUGGUGUUGGUUUGGAGUCCAAACUACAAGAGUGGUUUCAUCUACCAGAGGACAUGGCGAGUCCCCGCUACGACCCAGACAGCGGCCAUGACAGCGGUGCAGAAGACGGCGUGGACUCUGCCCCGCCCUUCUGCUUCCUCACCAUGGGCAUGGGUAAGAUCUACCUGCCCCAGCACACCAACCACCACCACCACAACAACGGCCAUCGCUCCGACCCCAACGGCAACGCCCCGUCCGCCCCGGCGGGCCUCACCUACCCGCUGCCGCCCCGGCUCGGCGUGUGCCUGGACUUUGAGAAGGGCCGCGUCACCUUCUACGACGCCCACUCCCUGCGCCCCCUGUGGGAGGGCCACGUGGACUGCUCGGGCCCCGUGUGCCCCGCGUUUUGUUUCAUCGGCGGCGGGGCGCUGCAGCUCCAGGAGCUGGUGGCCAACCGCAGUGCGGAUCAGACGCCCGUGAGGAGGGUGACCAUCCAACCGCGCCUCGUCUCCAAUUUGAACAACAACUGAUUUGGAAUGUUAACAAUUUCUAGCAACAAAUAUGCAAUGUAAUUAAGUUUCUAUUUGCAAGAAGCGCCGCUUUAGUAGUGUUAGCUGUGCCCGACACUAUCUUUGAUGCUUGCACUUGUCGCCUGGCUGUCUUAUUUAUUUAUUUAUUUACUUAUUUACAAACCCCGUUUUCAUAUGAGUUGGGAAAUUGUGUUAGAUGUAAAUAUAAACGGAAUACAGUGAUUUGCAAAUAAUUUUCAACCCAUAUUCAGUUGAAUAUGCUACAAAGACAACAUAUUUGAUGUUCCAACUGACAAAUGUUUUUUUUUUUUUCAAAUAAUCAUUAACUUUAGAAUUUGAUGCCAGCAACACGUGACGAAUAAGUUGGGAAAGGUGGCAAUAAAUACUGAUAAAGUUGAGGAAUGCUCAUCAAACACUUAUUUGGAACAUCCCACAGGUGCGCAGGCUAAUUGGGAACAGGUGGGUGCCAUGAUUGGGUAUAAAAACAGCUUUCUAAAAAAUGCUCAGUCUUUCACAAGAAAGGAUGGGGUGAUCUCUAAUGGACAUCACCACAUGGGCUCAGGAACACUUCAGAAAACCACUGUCACUAAAUACUGUUCGUCGCUACAUCUGUAAGUGCAAGUUAAAGCUCUACUAUGCAUAGCGAAAGCCAUUUAUCAACAACAUCCAGAAACGUCGCCGGCUUCUCUGGGCCCGAGAUCAUCUAAGAUGGACUGAUGCAAAGUGGAAAAGUGUUCUGUGAUCUAAUGAGUCCACAUUUAGAAUUGUUUUUGGAAAUAUUCGACAUUGUGUCAUCCGGACCAGAGGGGAAGCAAACCAUCCAGACUGUUAUCGAUGCAAAGUUAAAAAGCAGGCAUCUGUGAUGGUAUGGGGGUGCAUUAGUGCCCAAGGCAUGGGUAACUUACACAUCUGUGAAGGCACCAUUAAUACUGAAAGCAACAUACAGGUUUUGGAACAACAUAUGCUGCCAUCUAAGCAACGUUUUUUUCAUGGACGCCCCUGCUUAUUUCAGCAAGACAAUGCCAAGCCACAUUCAGCACGUGUUACAACAGCGUGGCUUCGUAAAAAAAGAGUGCGGGUACUUUCCUGGCCCCCUAGACCUGUCUCCCUUCGAAAACGUGUGGCGCAUUAUGAAGCGUAAAAUACGACAGCGGAGACCCCGGACUGUUGAACGACUGAAGCUCUACAUAAAACAAGAAUGGGAAAGAAUUCCACUUUCAAAGCUUCAACAAUUAGUUUCCUCAGUUCCCAAACGUUUAUUGAGUGUUGUUAAAAGCAAAAGUGAUGUAACACAGUGGUGAACAUGCCCUUUCCCAACUACUUUGGCACGUGUUGCAGCCAUGAAAUACUAAAUUAAUUAUUAUUUGCAAAAAAACAUAAAGUUUAUGAGUUUGAACAUCAAAUAUCUUGUCUUUGUAGUGGAUUCAAUUGAAUAUGGGUUGAAAAGGAUUUGCAAAUCAUUGUAUUCCGUUUGUAUUUACAUCUAACACAAUUUCCCAACUCAUAUGGAAACGGCAAUGUCCGUAUCGUACCACUCUCUCCAUCCCAUGUCCUUAAAUGUUCAAUUUAUGUGCUUUGUUUAAAAACGUGAGUAAAAGUGCAUCUGUAACAAGCAAUCCUCCAAUCCUAUUGUUUAAAUGUGGUCUGUUAGGGGGAAGGAGAGGCAGUACACUGUAAUUAGAAGCUCCAAUUAUACCUCUGGAACGCAGCUAA